AUGUCCGACGACUACGACCCCACAACCAUUAAUGCUGCCUCGUGGGAGGAGCAAGAGGACUACGGCGAGGCUGAUGGCAGCGAACAGUACGGGGAGGCUGAGGGAAGCGAGCAACAAGAUAUUCAGCAUAGCUCGGAACAUCAAGAAGCAGAAUAUUCCGUUGAAUCAAACCCUAAUGACCUAGGUGAUAACCCAUCUCAAGAUGGCAACACCGAUGAUGUGGGUGACGACUACGAUCCUGCGUCUGUCGAUGUCGUCACGUCUUCUGUUCCCCCACCUUCUGCCCCUGCUAAACGAGGAAAGACCGCUCCCCAGCCUGCCGCCCCUGUGGCCAAGAAACCUCGGACCGCUGGAGGCUUCUUAGUGGGAGACUCUGACGACGAGGAUGAAGAUGGUGAUGAUGGUGAACAACAACAAGCUGCGAAUAAAGAGGCGGGCUCUGGCGCUUCAUCAAGUGGUGGCUCUGCUCCAGCUCCGGCUUCCGCCUCUGCCACUGCUGCCCCUCAGUCGCAUUCUCCUGCUGUCCAGACUACUACCACAUUAACCGUCCAAGACAAUGCUGGCGCUACUUCUAAUGCACCUCUUGUGCCCCAACAGGCGCCUCCCCAGCCAAGCGCAGCCACAGCUGCUGUUCCGGCAGCACCGAGUCCCCCUGCUCCUGCCGCCGCCCCUGCCCCCGUGACCCAGGCGGCUCCUGAUAGAGUAGCCUUCUACGAAGACCAGAUCCGCGAUGACUCCCGGGGCGCGAUGAAUGCUUGGUUGGAGUUGAUGAAGGAAAUGAGGUCCAGGAGUGACAUUGAUGGUGCAAGACAGGUCUAUGAGAGAUUCCUUGCCAUCUUUCCCCAAGCGGCCGAUAUUUGGAUCGAGUAUCUCGAUCUUGAGCUCAGCCUCAAUGACUUUCCCCGAGCCGAGGGCAUCUUCGGCAAAUGUCUCAUGACAACACCCAAUGUUAACCUCUGGACCCGAUAUCUGGACUACAUCCGCCGUCGCAAUGAUCUUAACGACAGCAGUGGCAAGGCUCGCCAAACUGUUUCUCAGGCCUACGAUUUCGUCAUCGAAAACAUUGGUCUGGAUAAGGAUUCUGGCAAGAUCUGGGCAGAAUACAUUCAGUUCAUCAAGUUCGGUCCUGGCACGGUCGGAGGAAACCAAUGGCAGGAUCAGCAAAAGAUGGACCAGCUCAGGAAAGCCUACCAGCGCGCCAUCUGUGUGCCUAUCUCCAACGUCAACACCCUCUGGAAGGAAUAUGACCAGUUCGAGAUGGGCCUCAACAAGUUGACGGGCAGGAAAUAUCUCAGCGAAAAGUCACCAUCCUACAUGUCAGCCAAGAGCGCUAAUACUGCGCUGGAGCACAUUACCAGGGGACUGAACCGGACCAACCUACCCCGUCUUCCCCCCGCCCCCGGCUUUGACGGUGACCAGGAGUUUAUGGAGCAGGUCGAAAUCUGGAAGAAGUGGAUUGCUUGGGAAAAGUCGGACCCCUUGGAUCUCAAGGAUGACAAGGACCAGCCGGGUCUUUACCAGAAACGCAUUCUCUACGUCUAUAACCAGGCCUUGAUGGCCCUGCGUUUCUGGCCCGAGAUGUGGGUUGACGCCGCUCAGUGGUGUUUCGACAACAACAUUACCACCGGGGAGAACAACCUCGUCAAGGACGGCAACGCCAACGGUGUCGAGUUCCUUAUCCGCGGCAUCGAAGCCAACCCCGAAAGUGUGCUUCUCGCGUUCAAACAUGCCGAUCACAUCGAGUCCACCUACCCUAUUGAGGAGAACGACGAGUCCAAGGUCGCGCGCGGCGAGGCAGUCCGGGCGCCCUACAACAAAGUGCUGGAUACCCUUUACGCCAUGAUUAAGAGCCUGAAGGAAAAGGAAGCCGCACAGAUUGCCAAGCUCCAGGAGAUGAAUGCUGCCCAAGAGUCCAAUAACGAUGACGGCGAUGGUCCAGCAGAUAGCAUCCCGAAGGCGCCCAUUGAAGCUAUUCAAAAGGGUUAUGCCGCCCAAACUCAACUUCUUUCCCGAAUGAUCUCCUUCGUUUGGAUCGCCUUGAUCCGCGCCAUGCGUCGUAUCCAAGGAAAGGGGGCCUUGAACGCUCCACUAGGUGGAAUGCGCAAGGCCUUCCACGAUGCUCGCGCGCGCGGCCGUCUUACCAGCGAUGUCUAUGCGGCAGUAGCUCAGCUAGAAUGGACCAUUUACAAGGACCCCGCCGGAGGAAAGAUCUUUGACCGCGGUGCCAAACUGUUCCCCGAGGACGAGAACUUUGCUCUCGAGAACAUCAAGUACCUUCAUUCUAAGGAUGACCACACCAAUGCCCGUGUCCUUUUCGAAACCGUCGUCAACCGACUGACUCAAAAGCCGGAACUCGUUCACAAGACCAAGGCUCUGUAUCAGUACUUCCACAAAUACGAGUGCCAGUUCGGCGAGCUCGCCCAGGUCACCAAGCUGGAAAAGCGCAUGGCCGAGCUCUUCCCUGAAGACCCCAAGCUCGCCACCUUUACCGCUCGUUAUGCCUCGGACAAGUUCGACCCCAUCACCGCUCGCAUCAUUGUCAGCCCAACCACCCAGUUGAGGCCCAAGAACAUGAUCAUGCCCUCGAUCGAGCAGCAACAACCCCCGAUGCCCAUGUCUCAGCGUGACACCCCCGCCCGUGGAUUCAAUCCUCCUCGCAAAAUCGCCCGGCAAGAGAACGACCCCUUUGUGCGCGGCGCGUCUCCCCUCAAGGGCGCAGCCGGCCGCAGGCUGGAUCAACAGCGCCGCAUGGGCGGAGCGGCCGGCUCUUAUAGUGGCUCCGGUGCCGGUUCCCAAGUCGUCCCCAUUGCCAGGGACAUCACCUUCCUGAUGGGCCAGAUCCCCCGCGCGGAUCUCUAUGAUUACCAUAGGUUCAACCCCGGCAGGAUGGUCUCGCUUUUGCAGAAUGUUCAGGUGCCGGAGUAUGCGGAUUGGAAAAGGGACAGGGAGAGGGUGCAACAGCAGCAGCAUCAGGGAGGUGAUGGAUAUGGUGGUUACCAGGGAGGUGGUGGCGGUGGUUACCAGGGUGGACAUGCCAGGAACGUAUCUCAGGAUUACGCCUACCGCGAGUCACCUAGACCGUUGAGUCCAUUCACCGGUGGUCCUGGCAAUAGAAUGGCUGGCCAGACGGCUGCUGCGUAUCGUCAGCAGGCUUCUGCUGCCGUGGGUGGCAGACCGGGAUCGAGCGGGUCUUAUGAGCCCCCUCCGGCUGUUGCGCAGUAUGGAGCUGCUCCCCCACAGGGUCAAUAUGAUGGUGGAUGGGCUCAGCAGCAACAGCAGCAGGGACAUCAGCAACAGCAGGGUUACAAUAGGUACGGAAACCCUCCUCCUCCUUAUUAG